AUGCAGGAUCCAGAUGCGACAUCAGCACGAGAAGGAACAGAAGAAGGUUUGAUGGACCAUUUGGCUGAGACUGUUGCCUUCAUUCAACAACCCCCUUCACGUCUCUCACGGAGCAGUAAUGAAAUUCAAUGUGAUGAUCCUGCUCUCAUUACUACACCAAAAGAAACUGCCCCAACAACAGUGACGGCUCUUCCUUUUGAGCCUUUAUCUGUACCGCGUUCCUCUGUGCAUUUACCCACGUUUCCUGUAUCUUCUCCAAAAAGAAUAAGAGGACCUUGUAGACUAAAUAACAAGGGAAGAGGAUCAAUUUCUCAUCAAUUACAUGGAAGUGGACGAGAUUUGGGAACUCUCUCUGUAUUGGAUUUAGCAGCUAUGGACCUUGAUCACUUAAAGAGGUCAUUUCUUGCUCAUGCACACAUAUUUAGUCGAGCAGAUAUGGCAGAUUUAUACAAGUUAGCAGGAAAUGUAGCGAGAGAAUUAAUGCAGUAUGAACGUCAACAAGAACGCCUACAACGACGAAAACAACUUCAACGAAGCGCUCGUCAAAGACAAUCCGAAUCCCGAAAAAAUUCUGUAAGUACAACGAGUGAUGGUGGUGAAAGUGCUUAUGGUGUUAGUGUUACUUCUAUUGCGGAAGCUGCUAAUGGUACCGCUACGGAAUCUCUUACCCCAAUUGCAGAUUUCCCUUAUCAAAGAAUGCGAUUACUGCGUACAUGGUUGUAUGAUCGACUUGUACAGUGGUGUCUUGGUGAAUACGCAAAGUCAAUGAAAACCCGUCGUAGAGAUUCUCUUGGUGCUCGUUCUCCCUUCACCACGAAUUCUUUUCUUGGUAAUAAAGGAAAAAAAUCUAUGUCUGAUUUGUGGGUACCACCCAUGCCAACUAAACCACAAGGGUUUGAUAUCUAUGAUUCUCUUAGUGAUCGUUUAUUAGAACGGGAACCUAGUCUUUCAAUGGCAUUAGCAGAUGUUACAACAGAUGAACUUCUUAUUCCUUUACCAGUAUUUGUUUAUGUGUUUAGUCGAGCUAUAUUUCGUCUAUGCUUUAUAAAUAGGUUUCCAGCUAAGUUUUUCGCCUCUACCUCAGAAGGUUCAUUUUCGGAAACUGUUGAAACUAGCACUGGAGAAAUAAAGACUGAUGCCCCAUCUUCAGGAACUAAAGGUGGUCAUAUGAAUACAAAUACAGGGACUCGUACUUCUGCAAUUGAACGUGAUGGUACUUUAAUUCAAGAUGCUGGAUAUUUUCUUGAAGAGUGUAGACGUACAGUCAUACAUUUUUUUGAAAUACUAGAUCCAGAGCAAAAGGGUACAAUUAGUUGGUCUGCUUUUACGGAUUUACUGAUGGAACAAGUAGAGGCCCAACAUCGUAUUUUGAAACUUAAAGAAAGUUCAGAAGAAAAUGCCCAUAAUGAUGCCAGAGUGUUUGAUGAAUAUGUGUUAGAACCAUUUCCUACCGUUAUGCAACGAUUAGGAUAUAUUGGUGCUGUUACUGAAGUGCGGCAUAGUGAAUCUAUUAUUCUUGUAGAAGGCACACAUGAUUUUGCCGUUUGUGAUAGUUCCUAUAGUGGUCUUAUUCAACAUAAAUUGUUAGUGCGUACCGCAGAUGUUCUCUUUACACAUCGUCAAGGAGCACCAGAGGAAUGGGGUGCAGAACGAUGGGACGCGGUAACGGAAAGCGCUACAUCCCCAUCAAAAGAUAAGAAAUAUGAUGGAAAAUUUAUACGAUAUGAAGAUGGGAGAAGAAAUGGUGACGAGUCUGCAGAGAAGUUAUUACAUGAUUUACAAGGUAAUAAUAUGGAUCCUGAUGCUCUUGGGGAUGGGGAUGAUGUUAAUCGUAUUGGAGGUGGAGAACGUAUUGAUAGACGUACAAAGCCAAGUAUAGAAAGUGCUCUGCAAAUUCAAGAUGUAGCUCCUAAUUUACCAACUGUUUUGGUGACACUUCAUAAUGAUUUAACCCUCCGUUUAUUUAACAUGGAUCAACAUCUUUGGUUAAUACCAGAGACUAUUACUCUCAGUUGUGUAGAAACCAUUACCGCAAUGGAUUGGUGUACGGCUGGACCAAAUAGUGAUCCGGCAUUAAAAAAUUAUCUUUAUGUAGGUACACGAUCAGGUGAAGUUUACCGAGUAGAUGUUCAAGCCAUUUUACAACGUAUUGUUGCCGCAAGGAAUAUCAGUGGGGAUAUGUUAUCAACAGGUGUGGCCGCUACAACGACAGUUCGUUGUCAUUUGGAACCAUUUAUACUUCAACGGUGUGCUAUUCAUAAAGAAUUUGUUACUUCACUUUCUCUCACACCUGCAGGUGUUUUACUUUCUUCCAGUUUAGAUGGUACAGUUGUGUUGAGUCGUGCUAAUAAUUUAUCUCAACUACGAUCUUUUCGAGCAGAUCGGGAAGCUGGUGUACGUUUUGCAUGUAUUACACCUCUACGAAGUGCUAUUCUUACAUUAACUACUGGAAAUCGAGUUUCCCUUUGGGGUAAUACCCAACAUAGUUCCAGUCUUGAUCUUUAUGAUCCUAUUGCACCUCAUUACUUUCCUAUUAUUUCUGUGAAAGUGGAUGAAGGUUUGGAACAAAUUAUUACGGUAGACUCUAGUGGACAUGCAAAGGUAUGGAAUCUUCGUAGUGGUUUAGCAAAGGCAUCUUUUUACGCUUUAUCUGAUCAAGGAUUUAAUACAUUUCAUAAUCAUUACUCAGAUGAACAAGGUACUUCUCAGAAAGGUUAUCGCCUUUUUGAUGUAGAUGAAUCUGAAAAGAAACGACCUAGACUUCUUCAUGAUGCUAGAAAUCAACGAGAUGUUCCAUUACUUUUACAAACCACAAGUGCUACUAUAGAUGCAGCCAAUAAAGCUAUGCAAUUACAUCCUGCACGUUAUGUAGCCUAUGAUUCUUCUACUAAACGUUUAUUUGUAACAGGUUCACGAAAUAAUGUUGUUUGUGUUUUCGUUGGUGGAGCUACGGCGGUAAAGGCUCAUUCAGCUCCACUUCUUCACAUUACCGCAUGUGAACGUAAUCAAUGGAUUAUUAGUGUAAGUGUAGCAGACUGUCGUGUUUGGCAAUAUCAAAGUGGAAAUUUAGUUCUUGGGAUUAAAGCCAAUAAUCCAGAAUUUAUUAUGGCUCGUAUGAUGCCCGUAUUGGAUCACGGUAGUGGAUCUCCCACAACGGCACAAUUAGCUGCCGCUAAUGAAGAGGCUGAACGGCAUACAUUAGACGCAUGUAAACAACCACUUCCAACAUUAAAAGAUGUAAUGCGUGUUGUGAGUGAACGGGCGGAUGCCCAUCGUCGUAAUCGUAGUGUCAAACGAUUUUCAGAAGGGAAUGUGGGUGAAAGGGAUGGAUAUCAAAGUGGAUUAUCACAUCGAUUAGAAAGUGGACAUGAUAGUAAAAGAGCUCAUUCACCACUAGGAAGUUCUAAUAAAACUUCUGCAGGAAUUGCAAAUGCCCUUGAUACUGGUUCAUUAGUAGAUGAUGUACAGAAAAAUCAAGGUAUGUCUUAUAGGAUUGUCUGUGCACAUGUGGAUUCGCAGGAACGUUUUAUCUUUUAUGCUCUUAAUAAUGGUGACAUUCGUGUACAUCGUACAGAUUCAGGACGAUUAUCCAAAACGUUUAUAACUGUACCUCCAUCAAGUGAACUUAUUUUUGCCGCCGUACUUCAAUAUCGUCAUCUUUUUACAUCAUCAAGACAUUCUAUUGAUCGUAGAAGUAGUAGUAUGUCUGACGAUGGAGAGGUAAAUCGUCCUUUAUCAGCAGGAGGACCUAUUAAAGUACAAGAUAUUGCAUAUGUUCUUAAUCGUCUUUUACGAGAUGAGAAAAAAUUACCUCUUCAACAAGGAGAACAUAGUUCUAUUCAUAAAGAAGCUAUUGGGAUGAUGAUAUCACGAAAUUCAGAUGAAUUAAGUGUUGUCUAUGCAGAUGGUGUGAUUCGAUUUUUCCCUCUUAUAGGCAAUGCUGUACAGGCACAACGUCUUAUUAUUCCAGAGUUUCUCGUUUCCAAAGCUCUUUCUUAUUUACGAUUAGAUGGUUUCCUUCAAAGAAGAUUAGGGGUUAACUCAAAUGAGACGGGUGCCCUUAUGAGUAAGGAAACAGAAACUACGGAACCUCAAUUAAAUUAUAUUGUUGAGGCCGAUGCGGUAAGUUUUAUUACGGUAAGUCCUACAUUAGAUCUUGUCUGUAUUGUACAAGUAAAUGGACGAGUAUCGGUGAUGGAUACAAGUACGCCUGUGGGAACUAUUAUACAUGUAUUUAACAUGUCUGGAGAAGUCUCUGCGGUAAGUUUUCUUGGUGCCUAUCCUUGUUUAGUAGUAGCAGAUGCACAAGGUGGAAUUAAUUUUUUCCUUAUAAAAGGCUCUUCCAUGCUUGGACUAUUGGAUGACUUUUUCAAAGCUGUAUCAUUAUAUCAUCGAAAACAGCAAAGACGACAACAGCAGCAGCAACAACAACAACAACAACAGUCUUUACCAGAGAUAGGUCCAACGAAUGAGAGAAGACCAAAUAGUAGUUGUGCUAGAAGACAACAACAAGAACAACAAGAAAAAGAAAAAGAUGAACAAUCUCAACAUCAACAACAUAGUGCUGCAGCCACGCGUAUGUGGUGGUUUCGUACUUCAGGUACACCUACCGUACUGCAUUUCGAUCCUGUGCUUUGUACACUAUACAUUGGAACAACACAGGGACACAUCUCUUCUUAUCUUCUUCGUAAUUUGGUUUUAGCGUUUGACCUUAGCCCUGCUCUUGGGAGUCAUUUUACUAAAAAGAAAUCCACUGAACUACGCUCUAUACCUUCUGUAAAUCAAUAUACUGGAAAUGAACAACAGGUCUGUAAUCUCUUGUUAGUUUUCUUUGGUAUCACACCUGAACGAGUAAUGACAUAUGUUGAAACUGAACGGGUUUCUUCCUUUGCAACGUGGCGUGGGGUGAAUCGAGGAAUGAGUCAAAAGAAGAUUUCUGUUUCCUGGAGAGCUGUUGAACAACAACAACAACAACAACAACAGCAACAACAACAACAACAGCAACAACAACAACAACAACAACAACAACAGCAGCAACAACAACAACAACAACAACAACAACAACGGAGAGAAUCUUCUGAGGCUCAUAUGCCAGUUCCGACUAGUCCUUUUACACCAGGAGCAACCGAUAGACAAUCUACUGCUGGUCCACCAAAAGUAUGGAGACCUUCUCUUUCAUGGGUGUAUGAAUCUUGUAGGCCACUCUUUUAUUCGGAUUCAUUAUCAUCAUCUCAAAAACGUUCAGAUAAUAUACCAAUCAUAUAUGAUCUUGCAACUACUACACUUUCAGAUCUUCUUAUUGGAGCAGCUAUUCUUCAUAAUACAUUACAAUUACUAGCGAUGAGGCGUAAUAAUAGACCUACAACAGGAGGAGCAACAUCCAAAAAGAAAUCUGGAGAACCUAAUGAAGAUACAAAUGGAGUAGCUGCAGUAACACUCAGUCAGAGUGAAUUACGUCAGAUUCGUAGAUGUAUAGCUGAGGAAAUUUUGUAUCGAAAUGAAUUUUACUUUGAUAAAGAUCAUUUUUAUAAUGCUCCAUCAGAUCAAGUUAGAGUAUCUUGCAAUGUAGAGGAAGAAGUUGACGCUGAAAUACCAGAAAAUUUUAUGGAUGUGUUUUCAAGUUCUAUUACAGUAAGUUGGGUUGAAUUUCUCUUUCGACGACAUGUAAGGACAACCAUAAGUAAUUCUCCAAUUACUUUACUUUCACUAAAUGGAAUAUUAGAACGUGCUCGUUAUGAAAGACGUGAACGUGCCCGAUUACUACGAUUGGAGUUAGAAAUAGAAGAAGAAGCCGUUAUAUCUGUAACGAGUGGUGGUACUUCUGGACAACGGACACAUCAGUAUUCCUGUCCUACCACCAUUGCUGUAGACUGUGAUGCUUUUCUUGAAGGAUCAUCCCGAUAUAUGUUGGAUGAUUUACUUCGUCGUCGUCGUCAUCGCCGACGUGUGGAUGUGCGUGAAGAGGAUACAUUAUACAUGGGUGAGGGUGAGGGAGUACGAUGUAUCACAACACAACGUAAUGGAUUGGUGUUUGUAGGAAGUUCUGAUGGAUCAAUUACAUUAUGGUCACCUUAUGCCUGUGCACGGUUGCAGGAUUUACACCCGGGUAUGUUCUUAGAAGAAAGUAUUCGUAAACUUGGAGAGGCUGUAAAGUUGCAAAUUGCACAGAAAGUAGAUCGUGUAGUGCGUCGUCGACAACGGCAGGUGUAUGCGGCGGAGUCUAAUGAAGCGAAAGUACAUGAAAAUAUGAUGCAUAAUUUAGAUGUAAAGUAUAAAGUGGCUGUUAUGCGGAGAGAGUCUAUGCUUUCACUUAGUACGGGAUGGACUGGAAUAGGUAGGAGCAAACCAUCUACUAAUGGUGGUAGUAUUUUUCUUGGUAAUUGCGCUAGUAUUUCGCCAUCUCCUCAUGCAGGUGAAAGUAGGACUAGUGAUGCGGGAGUAAUGCCAAAAACUCCUGGAAGUCGUACACAUUCAAUACGAAAUAGUUUAUUUUCAUCACUACAAUCUCAAGAAAAAGAACGUACUUUACUAGAGAAAGAGAAAGAAUUACUUUUAGCUGUAUUAAAUAUGUCUCCUGCUAUGAUGUCGGCAAAAGGUAUUCUUCUUGAGGAUCUCUGUUUCCUUCCUCUGCAAAUGUCAAUGUUAUCCGAAUUGGAAGACUUUAAUGUAGAAGCGUAUGCAGCAGCUGUAAAGUUUGCUGUAACACGUCUUAUGCGGGAUUUGUGUGGUGAUAGAAGUAAUAAUAACAAUAGCAGCAAUGAUGAUGAUGAUGAUGAUGAUAAUAUAGGCGGUGAUCAUGAAAUGGCAAUGGGUGGAGGAUAUAAUGGUGGAAUGUUAGAUACAAAAUUAAAUACACGAUGGGGUUUCACUACACCAGGAGAGACCGAUGGGGGUGCCAUGGGGGAUGAUACCAUCACUUUUUACCUUUCUGCACAUGAGAAGGUUAUAUCGGCCUUUUAUAAUGAUAAUAGACUACUGCAAGAGGAUAGAACGCGAAGUAUGUCUUGGCGAAUGAUGAGAGGUACAACACGUGAUUCCCGUAUGUUUCAUAGUUCACAUAAUGCCGAACGACGUCACUCUCCUAGUGUUGUAAAUACGAAUAGUAGUGGUGUAAGUGAGAAAAACACCAAUACGAAUAGUGGUCAUGCAUCCAUAAAAGAUUCUCAACAAAAUGUUUCCCCAACAUGGUUUACCUCCUUUGAUCGUACACUACCACCAUAUGCACGUGCUGGAGCUGAAGAGGGAAAUGGUGCCAUUAAUGUUUCCGUUUCACUUCGUCGUGAAAAGGGACUUUGUGGUUGUAUGGCAUUAGAUCUACACCGAGUAGCGGGAGCCGCUCGCUGGCUUACCGCAGAAGAAGCCGUGCAGUUAAUUGUCUCUCGCGGUGAUGGAUUACUGCGAGCGGAGUCCUUUAGUGGACUCCAGCGGGCCCUCACACGCGGUCCAAUUCCACAGCCGAUGCGAAGUGAGACAUUAUUUGCCGAGACGGAUCCUCUGCGGUCGACUCCAGCGGGGCGGAGUCCCUUCAGCACAUGUGAACUUCUUCUCCUGCCGGCGACUGCAGACGGUGAGGAGAAUGAUGGGCCGGAGAACCCCACCGCACACUCACACCAUCCACAGCAACCGUCGGAUUCUCAUUCCACGGUGGAUAGUAAAAGUCUGGGAAAGACCUUCACCGCCACCACCCGCACAGAGGAGGGAACAAACACCACCACGACAACUUCAUCCACCACGAAGGAACGCCACACAUUCUUCAUCACGGAGUCCGAUCCCGAUCCCGCAGCGGCGACGAUGACUUCCGCAGCGGCGGCAUUUCUCGUCGCAGUCGCGGCAACGCCCGCCUCCGCGCGGGUCCAACCGUCGCAGCGGCAGAAACCACCCGUCGUUUCUCUCGGCAGUUCACUCUCCACGAUGGAGUGUGAUGACAACGGCGACGGCCGCGGGGUCGUGCGGAUGCAGUGGUCGCUGUUGAGUAAACAAUACUACCACAGGGCACAACUCGCACGAACAGGACGAACCGCCGCUCCACGUCCACAACAUGGAUCCAAACGAUUUUAUAAAACGACAGCGGCUCCAACGCUGAGUAAUCAGUCGGUUGAUAUACACAGAAGUGGAACGAAUAGAGAGAACAGCCCAUCGCAUCUCUUGGAUCAGCGAUUAACUCCAUCGGCGCUUUCACCCGUCUCUUCACAGGGGGAAACGAGUAGGAGUGGGGUUCUGAAUACGAAUGCAAAAUCCAAUCACACCAGUUAUAGCGGCAACAACAACAACAACAACAACAACAAUAAUACGAAGAAGAAAAAGAACAAUAACAGUGGUAGUCCACGAGGACGAUCCAUUUUAACACCCGUUAAUUCGGGAAGUUACUCAGGAGGAGGAGCAACGACUUCGCAACUGCUGCCUUCGUUGUCUCCAGAUCCUGAGAGGAGGGCCGUGGGUGUUCGCCAACCGCAGGGAGUAACAGAGAGGGCUCCAACAACACGGCGUGGUCUGCAAGCAACAUCAUCUGGACAGUCAAGAAGACGUGCGGUAUAA